AUGCUGGCGCGCAGCGUGCCCGAGGCGCACGGCGCCGGCUGCUUUGGCCUGGCCUUCAACCGCGCGGGGACGGCGCUGGCGUCCUGCGGCGCCGACAAGACCGUGAAGCUGUGGGACGCCAUCGCGGAGGGGAGUGCGCCCAUGGCCACGCUCCAUGGUGCGUUUGAGGGCCUGAACAGCGUGGCCUGGACCCAGGACGGCCGCUCCGUGGUGGGCGCGGAGUCUCGCUCCGCGCUCCGCGUCUGGGCCGCCGACACGGGGCGCCUGGCCGCAUCGCUGACGGGGCACGCGGGGCGCGUGACGGGCGUGGCCGCCUCGCCCGCCGACGCCGCGCUGGUGGCCUCUUGCGCCGCCGACCGCACCAUCAAGCUGUGGGGCCUGGACCGCGGCUUCUGCACGCGCACGCUCAUGUGCCACUCCACCUGCAACGCCGUGGCCUGGGCCAGCGGAGCCGCCGGCCUGGCCUCCGCGCACUUCGACGGCGCGCUGCGCCUGUGGGACGCCGCCAGCGGCCGCCAGGUCAGCGAGGUGGCGGGCCUGCACGGGGGUCAGGUCUGCGCCCUGGACGUGGGGCCCUCGGGAGUGAUGGCGCUGACUGCGGGCAAGGACAAUGUGGUGCGGGUGGUGGACCUGAGGGCCCUACGCGUGCAAUGCACGCUCACCAGCCGACACUUCAACGUGGGGGGCGCCUGGUCGGUCGUGGCGCUCAGCGCCGACGAGCACCAUGCAGCAGCCGGCUCCGCCGAUGGCUCAGUGCUGAUCUGGGACCUGACCAAGCCCGGCACAGCCCCCAGCCGGCUGAGCGCGCGCCAGGCUGCCUCCCCAGUCACGGCGCUGGCCUGGAGCCCCAUCGGCGCCCCCAUCGUCACGGGGUCAAAGGCGGGGGGGGUCGCGUUCUGGGAUAGAGCCGAGGACGACUGA